UUCAUUCCCACUACCAGCUCCUGCUGCGUUUAAAAGCUGCCCUGUAAGUAUGAUGUAAUGACAGGUUAAACCCCCAAGUGUACUUCCUGACGCAGUGCAAAUCUGAGGCCCAAGACUUUAUUGGGGCACGGUUAAUGCUUCUUUAAAAACAAAACAAGCUUCUGUGUUUAAUGAGGCCGUUUAAGAUGGUUUUCCCAGAGUGGGAGGAGAAUGUAAUCUCGGUUUGGAGGUUGGAGUUUGAUAUGGUUAUGUACUGUUUACUACUCUUCCUUCAGUCUUUUCUUCGAAGGGAGAGGAGUUUGAACGGUGCCAACGGGAGUAGAAGUGGAGGAGUGAGUUAGAAUUGAGGAAAUGUGUUAGUCGACUCCCGGUAAAUAGCCCAUGAAGUGCAGAGAACUGUGUUCACACGGUUAACCAGGAGGAGAGCACUUGUUUGGCCAUAUAUGUUCCAUAUACUCUGUGUAGGUCUUAGAUUGAAAUCAUACAAAAUUGCCAGUAUCUCUUUUGUUCCACAGAAAGGAAUGUUUCGACCUAAAUAUUAACAUGUGGAAAUGCUGAGGUCGCAGUGUCGCCGGGGGUCUAGGGUAGGGUUGGAGUUGCGGCCACGCAGUGCGGUGGUGCCGGGGAGCCGCCUGGGCUGGGAGGGCGGAGCUUGCGGGCGUGCCCAUGGCGUCAGCCCCUCCCCUUGGACCCCGCCCAGCCAGCCCCGCCCCACGUUUGCUGCGGCUUGGUGCAGCGAGCCUGGGGCUGGCUGGCGCUGCGGGCUGGAGUAGGCUUUCCCAGCAGCGGCCAGGCCCCAGCCGUGGUCUCCGCGUGUGUCUCCUGGCAGGCCGGACCCUGUAGUGGCUCCAGAGCUGGCUGCGAGGGAUCUCUUACUCCAGCCUCCUCGCACCUUACAGCCCCGUCCUUCACCCAACCUGGCUAGCUAACGAAUGUGGGGAAGACAAACUUCCAAGACAGACAGUUUAGGGCCCAGCGGAGGACAGCUCAGUGAUGGCACCCAUUUUUGGAAACGCAGGCGAAUUUGAGCUCGCAGGGAGGUGUGGUCGACUCCUGUUGGGACGGGAGAGCCUUCAUUUCUCUGCUGCUGCGGUAGCCGGUGCCUCGGAGUGAAUGGAGUGUGUUAUAGGGCAGGACACUUAAAACUUCGCGUCUUGAAAACUUGAACUCGGACAUGAUUAGGAACAGAAGGUGUCCAGGAGGAGACUCUGUUAAAAAUCGUAUUUGCUUCUGGGGGAAAGGCUAUGAGCUACCUGACUUCUCAUGACCGGGAAGUCUCCCUUACCUUUUCUGUACUCUUGGAGGGGUGUCUUGCUCACAUGUUUACCAGCAGCUGGGACAAGGAAGAGAAAAGAAAUGAGCCGCCAGACUGCAACAGCAUUACCUACUGGAACCUCGAAGUGUACACCGUCCCAGAGGGUGCCUGCCCUGACUGGCACAACCGCAUCCAACAAUGACUUGGCGAGUCUUUUUGAGUGUCCGGUCUGCUUUGACUAUGUGUUACCACCCAUUCUUCAGUGUCAGAGCGGCCAUCUUGUUUGUAGCAACUGUCGCCCGAAGCUCACAUGUUGUCCAACCUGCCGGGGCCCUCUGGGAUCCAUUCGCAACUUGGCUAUGGAGAAAGUGGCCAAUUCUGUACUUUUCCCGUGUAAAUAUGCCUCUUCUGGAUGUGAAAUAACUUUGCCACACACAGAAAAAGCAGACCACGAAGAGCUCUGUGAGUUUAGGCCUUAUUCGUGUCCGUGCCCUGGUGCUUCCUGUAAAUGGCAAGGCUCUCUGGAUGCUGUAAUGCCCCAUCUGAUGCAUCAGCAUAAGUCCAUUACGACCCUACAGGGAGAGGAUAUAGUUUUCCUUGCUACAGACAUUAAUCUUCCUGGUGCUGUUGACUGGGUGAUGAUGCAGUCCUGUUUUGGCUUUCACUUCAUGUUAGUCUUGGAGAAACAGGAAAAGUACGAUGGUCACCAGCAGUUCUUUGCAAUUGUACAGCUGAUAGGAACACGCAAGCAAGCUGAAAAUUUUGCUUAUCGACUUGAGCUAAAUGGUCAUAGGCGGCGAUUGACUUGGGAAGCGACUCCACGCUCUAUUCAUGAGGGAAUUGCCACAGCCAUUAUGAAUAGUGACUGCCUAGUCUUUGACACCAGCAUUGCACAGCUUUUUGCAGAAAAUGGCAAUUUAGGCAUCAAUGUAACUAUUUCCAUGUGUUGAAAUGGUAAUCAAAUAUUUUCUGGCCAGUGUUUAAAACCAUUGCAUUCAAUUUCACAGAGAAUAAGGCACCCAUCUGCCUGUCAACCUGAAACUUUUGGUAGGUGGAAGCUAGACACAUGAAGGUAAAUAAAAGGAAAGGCUGUUAAAUACAGGAAACAGUUGCAUGUAGUAACACUAAUAUAUUUAAAAAUAAGUCAGCAGUAAACCACUGAAAAAAAUAUAUAUAUACACCCAAGAUGGGCAUCUUUUGUAUUAAGAAAGGAAGCAUUGUAAAAUAAUUUGGAAUUUGUGUUGUAGAUUGACUGUACUGUUGAAAAAUACUGGGUUUUUGUUGUGUGUGUGUGCUGCGAGCGGGGUGUGUGUGUGUGUGCGUGCGUGCACCCGUGCGCCCGUGUGUGUGUGUGUAUGUGUGUGUGUGGGGGGGGUUUGUUUUUGUUUUUUUUUCUCCUUUAACCGACAAGCCAUGUUGAGUGGUCUUGGGCCACUGCUUUCCCCUUUGUGAGUCAAUACAUAGUGCUGCUGUGUGUGUCUAUUUUUUUGUGUGUGUAUUUGCUAAUUUUUAUUAAUUCUAGUUUUUCAUUAAAUAAAUUUGACUUUCUUUUCUGUAAUUCAGGUUUUUCCUCACUUUUUUUGUAUCUUUUUAAAGUUAGUGUCUUUUUGAUAUGCAUAAUUGUUUAUGGUAAAGUUUAUACAUAUGUGUUCAGUACGUAUUUUCUUUUCCCCCAUUAAUCAGUUCAUUAGAAGUAUUUUACAUUCAACUCUUUUGAGAAGAUAGGAGUUCCAGAAAGGAAAGGUAACAGCAGAAUUAUCAGAAGCUAUUUAAAGCAGUUGUAAGAUGGUCUCUGUCUCUCUCUUUUCUCCAGCUGAGUCAUACCUUUGAACUUAUUCUUUGAAAGGUUAGGGAAUACUGAUUUUUUUUUUAAUACUGGAAAAAAAAAUCAGGCUUUUUUUCCCCUCCAAAUAUCUUGGACAAAUCACAUGUUUAAAAUUUGUUCUUGUAUUUAUUGGUUUUGCAGAAGAAGGCAUCGUCUUACACAGUAUUUGUAAUCAAAAGCAAAUCAUUUGUUUAAAAGCAGUUUGCAAAAAAUGUUUUUGGUCUUUUAUAAUUCUCAUUAAAAGAAUAU